UCAGAACCUGACAGCAGCAAUGCUGCAUCUAUCGAUAGCUGGAAUGCUGGAAUGCAAUGAGAAGGGAAGACAAGCUCUUGAGAUGGAAGAUUCAAUUUAGCAUCACUGCGGGCUUAAACAAUGUGCGCCUGCCGAUGUCCCGGGGGAUUGAUACUCUAGGCUCGCGCUGGACUUUUAGAUGGAGGAGGUAAGACAGUUUGGUUUGAAAUCAACGUUCCUCAUUUUUCUUUUGGUUUCUCUUCUCUUUCGAAAAGUUAGUUGACGAUGCCUCCCGUUCUCGAUCCUUCCAAGUCCAAGGUGGAUGGCCUCGCCUUUUUGGGCCUGUCCCUGACGCGCUACUCCGAGCUGGGCCAUCCAGAAUCGGUGACGAACCAAUCUGCAUUUGACCUCAACGAAGUCAUUGACCGCGAGUACAAGUACAUCUUCGCCACCAAUGAUGAUGGUUGGCUAGUGGGUGGUGGAGAGCCAGGUCCUCCCAAAUCCUACAAACUCGCAGCUCCAGACAGCGCUCACGUUGAGAUUAUGAGAAUUGGAACCUACUCGACCGAAUGGGGUGGCUUGGAUCGAGAUAGCAUGCUGGACGCCUUGAAAGCGGGAAAGAUCAUGAUCCCUCAGAUCAUGGUGUUACCAUCAGCCGUAGUCGCCAAUCCAGACCUGCCACCAGAAAUCGAGAUCCGAUUCGACAUGGACCAAAAAGAAGUCAGCGCCUUCCUUGCCAACCCGGAAACAGCCAAGCUCCCAACCAAUUGGCCUUUGCGGUUCAUUCAAAACCAGCUCUACAAACAGUUCUCCUUUGCCAGCAGGUUCACGCCGGGUGCCUUCCAUUCAACUAUUGUGCGUAAAGCAGAGUUCCGCUCGCCCGAACACAGAGCUGAAUACUUCAAGAUGUGCUCCAGAGCCAUUCAGAAGUGGAAUGAACAAGGACCCCAACCCUUGCAGGCACCAGAACCUGGAGCAUGCAACUUUGGAAGUGGAAUCUAUCUAUUCACCGACAGGAACAACAUCUCCCACAAGUUCGAACCAAACUUUUUGCCGCCUUACGAUGCGCCCGACAAACGAGAAAUCAUUUUCGAAUACCUCAAGGAGGAAUGGGAUGAAAAGACCAGGGCAUGGAAGAAGGUCGAACCGGCAAAGCAACUCUACUGUGGUGGCUCCGAUGACGGUGCUGAGUCCAAGUACAGUACGUGUAGUUUGAUGUAGAGAGGGAGGGGAACAAACGAGUAUUAGUACCGGUAGGCAAACUAGGGUCUUGUUGCCCCCUCCCUGGUUAUAGCAUCCCAUGGAUGGUUCAACCAAACGUAUCACUCAAGGCUCCUCAACUCAACUGAAGACAACGAGCGAUGUGACAAUGUAUGAGGAGUUUUCGAAGCAAGUAAAUGUAUAAUGUAGCUCAUUGCUUUACCCC